AUGCUUAGCCAGCAUCACUUCGGAUGGAUCCCUUCCCAGCAAUGGCUACAUCUCUACCGAUCCCUACUGCGCGAAUGCUCCUACCUGCCGGAUCCUAUCGCACGUCCUUAUAUGCGCGAAUAUGUUGUCGACCGAUUUCGACGAUAUGCUGACGACCGCAGACCCUCGUUCAAUAACGAUCUGGAGCGGCAUUGCAAGCUCUACAAAACUGGACUGGAGAAGUUGAAGCUGUUGGAGCGCGCGAACCAGGGGUAUUCGCGACAGCUGGAGAAGGUACUCCGAUUAGCAUAUGGACGGAAAGGAAGGCGGCGAAAAGAGCUGUUGGAUGCUCUGGUGCCCCCGGACGUCCCGGCGAACACGGCUGCGGUGGUGGAGCUUAUCCAGAAGCCUCGCAUGUAUGAGGACGGCUGGGAGCCUCCCGCGAUUCUUACGGACCUGCUGAAAUCUCAGCAUAAUAAUGGGGUGAUAUCCCAACUCAAUCACCGUCAGGUGAAGCAUUUGGAACCUGCCAUCCCAAAAACCAAUGCCUGGGGGCGUCCCGUCAACAUGUCUCGCAGAAAAAAUAUCAGGCAACAAUGGUACAUGUCCGUACUGGACUCGCUGCUUCCUCCGCUCCCUGAUGCUGAACUAGAAGUCCUAGAGGGGCUAGUAUCCGGGAGAUUGCAAUGGAAGCCGCCAAAGAAGAGGUCUACCUCCGUCGUUUCUUCGUCACAGCUCAGUCUUGACACUGAGUUCUUAACAGACGGCCCACGGAAAGACCACACUUUUAGGGUAUAUGCCAACGGACGGCCUCAUAAUAUCACGCGAAGGUUCAUGACACGGCUCUGGAAGCGCGUGUCGUGCCUGGUUCCUCGCAUGGUAUUAGACCCUACGGGACGAAAGCACUUGUUCAUGUGGGAUACAAUGAGGCCAAUCCCGAGUCUUCACGCUGAGGUGAAAGAUGAAAAGACCAACAUAUUUGAAGGAGUCGAUCUGAAAGGGAAUGCUACAAGGGAGAGAACCAAAGCAACGCUAUGA